AUGGCAUCCCGGCAGCUGCGGCAGCUGGGCCGUUCGGGGCUCACCGCCCUCGAGUCGCUCGCGGGCAGCGGGCAGGCCGCGGAGUCGGGCCUCCUCCGCACGAUGGCGUCCAAGCCCGCGCCGUACUCCUACUCGCCCCCCGGCCGGUCGCACCUCUUCGUCCCGGGCCCCGUCAACAUGCACGAGCGCGUCCAGAAGGCGAUGGACCGCGUGUCGGCCAACCACCGGGACCCGUGGUUCAACCAGUUCUUCAAGGACUGCCUGGAGGACACGAAGUACCUGUUCCAGACGGAGACGGGCACGCCGUUCCUGUUCCCGGGCACGGGCACGGGCGGGUGGGAGGCGGCGCUGACCAACACGCUGUCCCCGGGCGACAAGAUCGUGACGUUCCGGUACGGGCAGUUCUCGCACCUGUGGAUCGACAUGAUGCAGCGCCUGGGCCUGGACGUGCACGUGGUGGAGUGCCGCUGGGGCGACGGCGCGGACGAGGGGGAGCUGGCGCGCAUCCUGGCCGCCGACUCCGGGAAGCAGAUCAAGGCGGUGGCGGUGGUGCACAACGAGACGACGACGGGCGUGACGUCGGACAUCCCGGAGAUCCGCAAGACGCUCGACGCGGCGGGCCACCCGGCGCUGCUGCUGGUGGACGGCGUGUCGUCGAUCGGCGCGCUGCCCUUCUGGUUCGACAAGUGGGGCGUGGACGUGGCGGUGACGGGGUCGCAGAAGGCGCUGUCGCUCCCGACGGGCCUCGGCGUGGUGUGCGCGUCGCCGCGCGCGAUGGAGGCGCGCAAGAGCGCCAAGCUCAACCGCGUGUACUACGACUUCGACGACUGGCUGAAGAACUACGACAAGGGCAACACGCCGUACACGCCGUCGCUGCCGCUGCUGUACGGCCUGCGCGAGUCCAUCGCGCUGCUGCGGGAGGAGGGCAUCGAGAACGUGAACAAGCGGCACCACCGCCUGGCCACGGGCACGCGCAAGGCGGUCGCGGGGUGGGGGCUCGAGACGCUGUGCAAGAACCCGCGCUGGGCGUCGGACUCGCUCACGGUGGUCGAGGUGCCCGAGGGGAUCGACUCGGGCCUGGUGGUCAAGAACGCCUAUGCCAAGUACAACCUGAGCAUCGGCGUGGGGCUCUCGCAGGUGGCGGGCAAGGUCUUCCGCAUCGGGCACCUGGGCAACAUGGACGAGCUCAUGCUGUGCUCGGCGCUCUGCGGCGUGGAGAUGUCGAUGAUCGACGCGGGCAUGAAGAUCACCCCGGGCACGGGCGUGGCCAAGGCCAUCGAGUACUUCCAGCAGACCAGCGCCGUCAUCCCCACGCGCGAGUUCCAGUGA